GAUCUUCUCCGUCACGUUUUGUGGUUGUUUUAGGUGCACGUUAGCUCAUGGAUGAGUUAGCUUGCUAGGAUUAGCGUGACCUGGAGAACAAGCAGGUCCAUAUUACCUAAGUAACAACCUAAAUUAUGGCGUUUGAAUGUUAGUUUAGGGUGUGUUUGAGCUUAGGUUUCCCAGCCGGACCACUGCAGGUCCGGCAAGUUACCUUGCUCAUUUUUAAUCUGCUCAAUUGCGAAGACUCCCUGCAAGAAAUCACCGGAGCAACAGAGACUAACUCUUCGCGGCAGCCGGGCUGACCACGGCAAUACAUUCACGGUGAUUCUGAAAGGAAACUGAGUUUGACGGGGUGAUUAAGUUGACUUUUUUUAAAAAAAAAUAUAUAACCCGCGACCUUUCCAACGCUACUUGAAAAAAGUCCCCUGUAGUCUGCUGAAAGCCUAAAACAGCAAACGUUACGUACAGGCGACGGCCCUCAUUUAGGGUUAGAUAAGACACCCCGCAAAGAAGUAGCACUGCCGGGGGUUUAUAUAGGCUGCUGCGUGACGUCAUCGGCGUGUCCCGUAAUCUAGACGAUUGGUACAGUGUGACCCCACAGCAGCACGAGGAUCCUAAUGGAGGUGACAGCAAUGCUUAUAGAACCCUGAGGUCAUCUUCAGGCCACACUAGAGUAAGCAGGGCAGUUCUGGGUGGAGGACUAAGCAUCAGCACCCUCCCAAACAACAUGACACGUGUAGUGGAGGAUUCUGGCAAAUAUUACACAUGGCGCAUCUUUGGUCCGGAAAACCAACGUGCUGAGAACUUGUGGAUAGACAUGAAUGAUGUCCGGCAUGGCCAAGUCAGAGUCCAUGGCAUUCUGUCAAAUUCAUACAAACAGGCUGUGCCAGUUGCCCUGUCCUUUGACUUUCCUUUUUAUGGACAUUACCUGAGGCAGAUUACCAUAGCAACCGGAGGGUUUAUCUUCACAGGGGACAUUACUCACCGUAUGCUGACUGCAACACAGUACAUCGCCCCUUUAAUGGCUAAUUUCGACCCCAGCUACUCCAAAGAAUCCACUGUGCAAUACCUUGAUAAUGGUGAGGUCUUUGUGGUCCAGUGGGAACAUGUCAGAAUCCCCGGCAAGGAGUCAGUAGGAGGUUUUACAUUUCAAGUUGCUCUUUACAAAACAGGAACCAUCACUUUCAGCUACAGAGACAUACCUCUGUCAGUAGACGUGAUCAGUUCAGCUGAGCACCCAGUGAAAGCUGGGUUAUCUGAUGCCUUCAUGGUCAUGUCGCCGUCUUCUCAGUCAGCAGAUCUCCCACAGCAAAUGAUCUAUGAGUACCAUCGAGUUGAGAUAGACGUUACAAAGAUUACCAACUACUCUGCUGUUGAGUUCACUCCUCUGCCUACCUGCCUUCUGCAUGACAGCUGUGAGCUCUGCCUCUCAGCCAGCCAAACCUCUGGUUGUAGUUGGUGUCACGUACUGCAGAGAUGCUCAGACGGCAUGGACAGACACAGACAAGAAUGGCUGGAUUAUGAUUGUGCAGAAGAGAGCCAAGGCGCAACAUGUGAGGAUUACUCCAGGAAUGACAACUCCACUGGGGCCUCCAUCACACCAGAGAUCGAGGACAUUACCUCUCUGACUCCACGACAAAAAGGCUGUGACAGUGAUGAUGAAUCUAAACAUCAAGUUUUCAAGACUGGUAGUGUUCCAGAUGUAAAAACUGAUUCUUCAACCAAGAGCGUUGGGCUGGCUAACACAGGAGUGAUCGCUGGCUUAGCAUCUGCCCUGGUGCUGCUCUUGGCCCUGAUACUGGUAUCUCUUUACGUCAGCUACCAUCCUUCUGCUGUAUCACCACUUUACCUCAUUCAGCGACGCAAGAGCUACUGGCCCUCCUUGAAGUUUCAAAAGCAAGAGUCUGGUUACACGGAAGUGGAAGGAGGCGGUCAUGAAAAAGACAGCAUUGUUGAAGCCGGGCCAUGUUAAAUCCACGUGAAGGAAAUUAUGGAUCAUGCAUGUUGUGCAAAUAACGACAUUGCAAAUUGAGUUCCAAAUAAAGGAUUAAAAGUCUUAAAAGUCUUUUUAAAAAACGUACCUUAAAGGGAUGGUGCUGAAUGUUGUUGAACAUUAUUUAGAAAUGUAAGGUUUUCAUAACCCCUCCACUGCAUUACACUGUAAAAUGCAUGCCACUAAGCUCACACACAUAAACUUUGCAGUUUUUUCAUCAGAUAAGCAAAGAUAUGAGAGAGUGAGCUUCACUUUCAGUUCCUGCUGCUCUUGAUUGCGAUUCUGAUGCUUUUGAGUUCCACUUUUUUGUGUUGCUCAAACGUAACCCUAUCAUUUCCUGAACAGUACUCCCGCUUGCAAUGCAUGCUUUGGUGGGGGGUUAACUAAAGAUUCUGCAUUUUUCUUCUAUGCUGUACAUAAAAUAAGUGUAAAGAAAUACUCUAAUGGUGCAGCUGGCUAUACACAUUAAAUAAUGUAGGCCGAUACGCAGAUACAGUGCAACUCUUUUGUCAGCAGAUGUCACUCUAAACAAAAGAAUCACAUGAGCAGUGAAGUAGGGCAUGUAGUGCAGUGAACGUGGCAGAUGUGUAAAAUUUGAUUUGAGAAAACUGGACUGGUGAAGCACAAAAAAAGAAAAGGGAAAAAAACUAUAAAGAUGAUCGCACAAGUUUGCUAUGCGAGCACAGAUGGCGCAAAUACAGUUAAGUUUGAUAUGCGCAUGCACAGGCGUCGAUUGGACCUUCAUACUGUUACAGAAAACUGAAAUAAUGUUGCUUCAUUUCCAAGUAAAACAGUGCUAUAGUCCCAGUUAAAUAUUUAAAUGUAUGAAUGCUCUCGUUCCUUAUUUUGUAGUAAUAUUUUUUCUUUUUCAGAAAUAAAAACAAACAUUUAAAAAACGGAUCCUCCUACACAACCUCUUCCCUUUCUGCUCGGACACGCGCAGUCGAGGGAGGAAGAGAGGGGGGCGGCGGGAGCGCGCUUUCCGUCUCUGGUUAGUGGACUGACAGCCAGCUGUGCAGCUACAACGACAACAACCUCCUGGAUUUCCUACAUACAACUAGAUUAGAGUUGGUCUGCUACUGCUUCUAAUCAUACAUUAUAGCUGUUUUUCGGAGCAAACACUCGACGGCACACAGCUACGA